UUAUUUUAAAUGUUUUUAUUGUUGAAAUCUCCCGCCCCCCAAAAAGAGGCAGUGUGGGAGUAAUAUUUCUUUCAACCAGCAGGUGGCGGUAUGAAACAAGGAAUCCGCAAAAGACCGAAGAAGAGCUCAUUUCCGUAGGCGGGACAUACAAACAGCAGGAAUGUUGCAGUGUUGAUUUUUUUCUUCUUUUUUUUGGUGAAACUCUGGGGUCUAAAGAUGAGUUCGUUCGCGGGUCGAAUGAAGGAGUAUCCCACCGUUUCUCUGGACCGGUUCGACAGAGAGAACCUCCACGCGCGUGCCUACUUUCUGUCGCACUGUCACAAAGAUCAUAUGAAGGGACUGAAAGGACCUCUGCUGAAGAGGAAACUGCAGUUCAGUCGCACCGUCCGCCUGUACUGCUCCUUUGUCACCAAAGAACUGCUGCUCAACAACCAGAAAUACUCUUUCUGGGAGGAAUACAUCGUUCCUCUGGAGCUGGAGAGCCCGACUCAGAUUUCCCUGGUGGACGAAGCGUCCGGAGAGAAAGAAGAGGUGGUGGUGACGCUGCUCCCUGCGGGUCACUGUCCCGGCUCCGUCAUGUUCCUGUUUGAGGGUUGCCGUGGAAACGUGCUGUACACGGGGGACUUCCGGCUGGCCGUGGGAGACGUGGCGAGGAUGGAGCUCCUGCACUCGGGAAGCAGGGUGAAGGACAUUCAGAGCGUUUAUGUGGACUCCACCUUCUACGACCCGCGCUUCUACCAGAUACCGUCACGGGAGGUCUGUCUGAAGGGCAUCUCGGAGCUGGUGGGGAACUGGAUCAGCCAGAGUCCGUAUCACGUGGUCUGGCUCAACUGCAAAGCUGCGUACGGAUACGAGUACCUGUUCACCAACCUGGGAGAAGAGUUCGGCACACAGAUCCACGUCAACAGUCUGGCCAUGUUCAAGAAGAUGCCGGAGAUCCUGAGCUACGUGACAACGGACCGCAGCGCCCGCAUUCACGCCUGCCGCCACCCAAAGGAUGAAGAGUUUUUCCAGGGGAACCGGCUGCCGUGUGGAUGCUCGGCGGCCGACGGGACCCCCCUCCGCAUCAUCAGCAUCAAACCUUCCACCAUGUGGUUCGGAGAGAGGACCAAGAGGACCAACGUCAUCAUUAGAACAGGAUCCAGUUCCUACAGAGCCUGUUUCAGCUUCCACUCCUCCUAUUCGGAGUUGAAAGACUUCUUGGCGUACCUCAAACCCGUGAACAUUUAUCCCAACGUCGUCCCGCUUGGUCGCUCUGAGACGGAGGUCACGCAGCUGUUGAGCCUGAUGUGUCGGAGCCGCUCCGAUCCUUCGGCCUUCGUCUACAAACCUCUGGGAGUGCUGAAGCGCGGCGCGGUGCGGCGGCCGGUCGGCGACUCUGAGAGCGACGACGAGCUUUUUGAAGGUUUGGACCUGGAACCGGUCAGGAAGCGGACGGCGCUGAACCAGGAGGCGGAGAAAGAGGACAUCCCUGGGGGAACAGCGCCCCCUGCCUCGGCGGCAUUGCCUCUCACGGUCGACAGCACGCCAUCUGCCCCACAGAACUACUUUGACUGCACCGAGUCCAACGGUGAAGACGAUGAUGAUGAAGAGGAGGGCAAAGGAGAUGCAAAGACGGAGCAAGAAAGCCAACAGGGCGGUCCGUCUGAGACGCCGAGGUGGGAAGAUUUCUUCUCUGCAGGGACGCUGACCGACAGCCAGAACAGCCAAUCGGGGCCCUGCUGCUCUGCCACAAGCCCCUCCCCCUCAGAUGCCACCGGCUCGCAGACGCCAGAACUGUUCAGCGAUGGAGAAGAAGCUCCAAACAAAGACUUCAACCUGACCCUAUCCGCCUCCACCUCCGCUCAUUCCUCGCAGAACUUGGACUCGCUGUUACCGGACACGGUGAUCCUCCGGCCCGAGCAAGCCGUCGCCCACCACAGUGUAGCCGACCAAUCAGAGCAAGCGGAGCUGUCCCAGGCCUCGUCAGACUUUGACAUUCCCUCCACGCCAGAGUCAAAGGCGCCACAGCCAGAAGAGCUGUCCCAGCUGUACAGGAAGUUAGCUUCAGCAGAGGAAGUGGUUGUCGGUAAAGGCUCCGUGUGACGGAAACGCCACCAAGACAGGAAACAGCUGUUCACGGCGCUGCUUGCAGGUUCAGAUGAUAGUUGUAUUUUUCCUGUCACUCAUCUUUAGAGGGUUGAGUUUCUGCUCUAAAGUUUGAAGAAGCCUCCAAACACGAUUGUCUGAAAAUAACCAAAAGCUGACAGCAGGAGGCGUGGCCACAGCUCAUGUUCAGAAUGUCCUUCAAAAUAAAGGAUGUAGAAUUCAUCACAGGAUUAAAGCAUCAAUGUUU